AUGAAUGGGUUAAGCUUUGGAGAACUGUGCUGCCUGUUUUGUUGCCCCCCGUUGCCGGGACGUAUUGCUGCCAAACUUGCCUUUCUACCACCGGAACCGACGUACAACCUGACGCCGAUCGAUGAGUCGAAGGCGAAAUAUUUGCUCAGCUUCAACGAGCGGGCCGAGUGGCCAUACUCGGAGCGCGAAAAGGAAAACGUCGAAGGGUUCUUCACGCGCACAUCACGCGGCAACAAGCUGUCCUGCAUCUACGUCAAGUGUACACCGACCGCAAAAUACACGCUGCUGUUCUCCCACGGGAAUGCGGUCGAUCUUGGACAGAUGAGUAGCUUCUACCUUGGGCUCGGUUUGCGUAUCAACUGUAACAUCUUCAGCUAUGAUUACUCUGGCUACGGUAUGAGCGGUGGCAAACCGUCGGAAAAGAACUUGUACGCUGAUAUCGAUGCGGCGUGGCAUUCGCUACGUACCCGGUUUGGAGUUAGUCCGGAAAAUAUCAUACUGUACGGGCAGAGCAUCGGUACGGUGCCGACUGUUGAUCUGGCGGCACGCUACGAAGUUGGAGCUGUGAUUCUGCACUCUCCCCUGAUGUCGGGGAUGAGGGUAGCCUUUCCAAACACGAAGCGAACGUGGUUUUUCGAUGUGUUUCCAAGUAUCGAUAAGGUGUCGAAGAUAUCAUCACCGGUGCUGGUGAUACAUGGCACGGAGGAUGAGGUUAUAGAUUUUUCACACGGGCUAAGCAUCUACGAAAAGUGCCCAAAAGCCGUAGAACCGCUGUGGGUAGAGGGUGCUGGGCACAAUGAUGUGGAGCUGUACAAUCAAUAUCUGGACCGGCUCAAGAAGUUUAUCGCGGUAGAGCUGGGCAACUGA